AUGUCUGAGAAAUCUCCACCGCCACCUCCACCAUCAAACUCAUCAACCGCCCCUUCGCCAUCGCCGCCGCCGCCAUCUCCUCCGCCGCCGUCGCCGCCGCCACCUCCAUCUUCUGACGGUGACGACAACAAAUCUCCACCCCCACCUCCCAAAUCAAAUGGAAAUAAAGAUGGUGACUCACCACCUCCUCCACCUCCACCUCCACCACCUCCUCCUCCUCCUCCUCCGCCACCGCCACAUUCUGGCAAAUCACUGCCAAAGUCCCACUCACCACCGACAUCCGAUAACGGUAGCAGUGACUCUUAUAACAGUCAAAAGGCUGUUAUCGCGGGAGUUGCUGCUGGAGCGGGGCUGUUGCUCCUUAUGAUGAUAGUCUUUUUGGUGUCGUGCGGGAGAAAGAAGAAGCGAAAGCCGCAUGAUCAAAUGCAAUACUACAGGGACAAUUCCCGUGGAGCCGGAAGUACCCACUAUAUUGUUGCAGGUGAUUAUUACAGCGGGCAACAUGGGAACUGGAAAAACCAUCCCCACAGUCAAGACCAUGUUCUUAAGAUGCCCCCAAGCACCAACGUGAGUUCAGAGCACGGGUGGCCAAUAGCACCACCACCUCCCCCACCACCUAUGGUUAGCAGCGAUAUGAGCUCGGCAGCUUAUUCCGGCCCGCACAAUCCACCUGUGCCACCGCCACACCCUGCCAUUGCUCUCGGGUUCGCCCAGAGCAGCUUUACUUACGGUGAUCUGGCAGCCGCGACGGGAGGAUUCUCCAAUGCUAAUUUGUUAGGACAGGGUGGGUUUGGCUUCGUUCACGAGGGAGUCUUGCCAAAUGGGAAGGAAAUAGCGGUGAAGAGUCUCAAAGCUAACAGUGGGCAAGGGGAGAGGGAAUUCCAAGCCGAAGUCGACAUUAUCAGUCGAGUCCAUCACCGCCAUUUGGUGUCUCUCGUUGGAUAUUGUAUUGCCGGAUCACAAAGGAUGCUGGUUUACGAAUUUGUUCCCAACAAUACACUUGAGUAUCACCUUCAUGGACCCGGUCGCCCUGUCAUGGACUGGCCAUCUAGGAUCAAAAUUGCACUUGGAUCGGCCAAAGGUUUUGCUUACCUGCAUGAAGAUUGCCACCCUCGCAUUAUCCACAGAGACAUUAAAGCAGCAAACAUUUUACUUGACAAUAACUUUGAAGCUAAGGUGGCUGAUUUUGGCCUGGCUAAGCUUUCUUCUGAUAAUUACACACACGUCUCAACCCGCAUCAUGGGAACGUUUGGGUACUUAGCUCCUGAGUACGCCGCAAGCGGGAAGCUCACUGAGAAAUCUGAUGUCUACUCUUACGGAGUUGUGCUCCUGGAGCUUAUUACUGGAAGACGCCCUGUGGAUGUCAGCAGUGAUGACGAUAGCUUAGUUGACUGGGCACGACCUAUACUGGGGAAAGUGAUAGAUGGUGGAAGCUUUGAAGAAUUGGUGGAUCCAAAUUUGGGAGACAAAUAUGAUCCUUCGGAGAUGAUGCGUAUGGUUGCCUGUGGUGCUGCAUGCAUCAGACAUUCUGCAAGGAGACGUCCAAAAAUGAGCCAGAUUGUUCGUGCACUGGAAGGCGAUGUAUCACUGGAAGAUCUAAAUGAAGGAGUGAAACCUGGACACAGUGCAUUGUUUGGCUCCAGUAGCAGUUCUGAGUACGAUAGCUCAUACCACACUGACCUAAAAAAGUUCAUGAAGAAGACAGGAUUGUCUAGCCAAGAAUUCACAAGUAGCGAGCAUGGGGAGUACGCCCAUUCUAGUGGUGAAUCACAAGAAAUCCAUCCCAGGACUCGGAGCCGAAGCCACACACCUUGA